AUGGUCGGCAGGGCUGAAGAGGAGCAGACAGGGAGAGGAAGAGAGCCAUGGAGAGAACAGGGUGCAAAUCAAGAUGGCCGCAUUCUUCCAUCCACACACCUCUGCAUUUCACACUUCUCACAUCUCACCUCUUUCACAAGGGGAUAUAAUAAACGUAUUGAUAUUCUACGCGAGGCAGAAGAGAUAUGGUUUGAAAAGGUUGUAAAUGCCCGCUCUGAUGGAAGCCUUUGCGCCUGA